CUGCAGCGUAUGAAGCCAUAACUGAUUCAAGUGAACUUCAACUUGCAAGGUAUGUCUGUAUCUAAGGCAUUACAGUUAAUGGAUCAAAAAGAUCUUGAGUGUGCCAUCUGCCUCAACAGGUUUCACCAACCAAAGACACUGAAAUGCAUGCACACCUACUGUCAACAGUGUAUCCAGAAAUGGGUGGAAACUCAUGGGAAGAUAGAAUGCCCAACAUGUGGCCAACAGCAUGAUCUAACCAAAGGAGACUUAAAACAACAGCUUGCUUCAAAUACAAUGAUAAGUCAACUAUUGGAGUAUGUCAUGAAAACUGAGGAACAAAAACCAACUAAAUGCUCUUUCUGUGACAACCAACCAGCAUACCACUGCUCAACAUGUCAGCUGUAUCUAUGUGAAGGCAACUGUAUCAAACAACACAAGGCAGUACCUUUAACUAAGGAUCAUCCACUUUACACACUAGACAUAAAGGAACCAGAUGGCCAACCAACUAACUGCCAAGUUCACUGCAACACCCCACUAAAUUUUACUGCUCCAAUUGCAAAAAAUCAGCAUGUAAAUGAUGUGAACACAUCCUUUGCUGUUAUCAAAAACAACAUGAAGUGAUUCCAAUGUCAACUGCCAUAGAAGAGUUUAACAAAGAUGUCACCGAACUUGUCAAAUUAGCAGAGGAAAUUGAAAAUAAAUUAACAGAAAAAGUUGAAUUCAUAGCUAAAAGUAAAUCAUCAUUUAAAUCACAACUAAGUUUAAGUACAACAGCCACUGAAAUCCAGGAAAAUAAACUUAUUAAGAAAUUUCAAGAGAAAAGCAAAGAAUUAAUUUUGAAUAUGAAAAAGUUAUACAAAGAAAAAGAAGAUGCCCUUGAUAGUAAAUUUAAAGAUAUUGAUUCACAGAGAACUCAAGUGAAUAAUCUAAUGGCCUCAAUCAAUAAAAUGAUGAACAAACCAGAAGAACGAGAAACACUUGGAUCCCAUAAAACAGCUAUCAACGCUGUCAGAGACAAGGUCCUAGCAACUGAUUUUGAUAAAUAAUUUUAUAAAAUAAAUAAAUAUUACACCACAUUUCAUUCCAUGUACGCACUUGGAUGAGUUGAUGAAUACAGAAGGCAUUGGUAAAAUCAUAACUGUUGAUAUGACGUAUGAGGUUGCUGAUGAAGAUAAAGAAUUUACUGUCACAAAAGGACAACCAUUUGUAGUGAAAGUAUCAAGUCUAUCAGAGAGUGAUGCAUGCCAAUUAGCUGCAACAUUAUUAAACUCAUCAUGUGAAGAAUCACCAACUGACGUAGAAUAUGAUGGAGAUGAACAGUACACAAUAACAGGUAGAUGCAAUGUGGAAGGUGAUUGGCAAAUGAAGGUAACUGCUAGAGCUGAGCACAUCAAAGGAUCUCCAGUGAAUAUCAAGGUGGAAGCACUAGGACUUGUUCAUACUACUGGUAAUAUAUCAGAUUAUACACAACAUUGUUAAGACAAUUGGGUGAGUGAUGUAGUGUUAGCCAGAGAUGGAUGCAUAUUAGUAUCAAGUGAAAGUAAAGAUAUAUUGAAGUUCAACCAAUCAGGUUCAUUUGUUGCUAGGAUACAGGUGCCACAAAAUGUGAAGGUGAAUCGAAUGCAUCUAAUGAGUGAUGGUAACAUGAUAUAUAGUGAUGACAUAGCAAAAUGUAUAGUAUCUUGUGAUGGAAAAUUUCAAGAAGUCCAUUCAUUUGGUAAAGGCAUGUUGAGAAUACCAGUGGGCUUGACAUUUAACAAGGAAACUAGAGCCUUGUAUGUAGCAGAUGAAUAUGCUCAGUGUGUGUAUAAAUUCAAUGUUUGAUGGCAGGCUACUGGGUGUGAUAGGUUCACAGAUUAGUGGAGUAGGUCAAAUGUAUCAA